CUGAAAACACUGCUAUGUAGUAAGUGUGUAAUCUUGUGCAGGUCAUGCUUGGGAAUUGACAGACUGCAUCCGGUAAGUGCAGCACUAUAACCUGCUACUUUAGUACUCGUUCCAGAAGAGGUCACAAUGCUGAAGUACGGCUUGGCGCUACUUGCGCUGUUGUCUGGUGUGUGCGCAAAGACCGCCAUUUACGAGUACACGUGUUUCGGCUACUCCGUUGUUGAUGAGCACGAGGUAAUCACGCAGAUCAGAUGUAACAGCUCCGACGUCUUCGACCCCGCUCUUGAAAAAUGUGUCACUCCACAGGUAGGUCACUGGCCAUGUGCUGACGUAGUCGACUGCAGCAAGCGGGCCGACAUGAGAUACGUGGACAUUGACAACAAGGAUCCUGCGAAUAAGUGCAAGACAUACUACACCUGUCACAACGGCUACUUCUACGGCCACAACUACUGCCCCGGAGUGUUGGUGUUCAAUGAAGAGAAGCAGUACUGUGACUGGAUCUAUGACGUCAAACCGCCAUGUGGAACUUUAGCUGCCGUCGUGGGAUAAAUCUGAAAUAAAUAUGAAAUAUUAAAUGCUGCAUUUACUUAAUUAA